UCGGUUCUAUUGUUCUUGCCAUGUCGCGGUGUUGUUUUAACUCCCCAGUACUCUGAAAGACUUUUGCGAAUGACGAUGGCUCUCAUCCAAUUUUGCUGCUGUUGGAGCUCGCUCCGCAGCGGCUGCUAUGCUAGCGCUGUCUACACUAUGGUCUAUUUCACCGUAACGAUUACAAUGGUGACGAUAUUUGGCGUAGCUGAAGGCGAUUCAGAAGCGGCAGGAUAUGGUGAACAGCAAACAAGCACUUCUGCUACCAAUCCGGCGGAAGAUCUUGAAACGCUGAAAAUUCUGAACAUUUGUGUCGUCACUUUGUCAGCCAUGGGAUUGGUUUCCACUUUUUUACUCUUCUACGGUCUCGCCAAGAAUCGAUGUGCGUUCCUGCUUCCAUGGAUUGUGAUUGUCUCGUGUACGACAGCUGUUGACCUGAUAUAUGCUAUUUACCUGCUCAUUCACAUGGAAUCUUUAAAUCCUAUAUCGGCGAUGAUCUUCACCAGUGAUUUUGUAUUAGUCAUCGUCAAUGUUUACUGCAUCCUUUGCGUCAUCUCUCAAUAUCAGGAACUGAACCGAAAUACAUCCGCUCAGGCCCAAGCUGAGGCUUUAGCUGUAAGCGGCGAUUUGUUAGAAGCGAACAAUUCGAGUCAACCGCCGCUGGAAGAGAUCAAGUUGGGCGAAAUUUUCGACAACUCUGAUCCGCAAAGAUGUCGCCCCGAAUUAGAUGCCGUUUGCGGAGAGGCCCUGUGGACUGGCUGUCGUCAUCCGGACAACCAAGUCCGUAGACCGGCAGGAGCAGACGUUUGGCACGACACAGAUGAUGCCAAUGUACAACAAGCCGAUCAUUCACAGCGACGCGUGACUUUUCAAAGUGGCCGAUCAACAGACCGUUCCUAGUCAAAAGUGGGUCGUAAACUUUUUCUUUUUUUUUUUACGAUGUCAGUGCACCGAACUUCUUCACUAACUGGCUCGUGUGUGCGGCGAAACAAGUUUCUUUUGCAGCUAUACGUCAAAACUUUUGUGCACUUUCAUGGAAGGAGCUUUCGACUUUGUGAAUUUCCUAACAAUACCCGCGCCCACCCUGUUUUUUUUUUUUCCAAUAUGGUGCAAAAGACGUGGUGUAAAUAACGUGAUUUAAGCAAAGAAAAAAAUUAAAAGCUGUUCUUUUUGAAAAAAAAAACAACUUCCACGUCUCUGUGAGUGCCUUAGCUCUCGCAAAACUUGGAUGGUGGAGAACACGAUUUUUUUCACGACCAAUCUUCAUCCCCGCCAGGAUAAUCACGUUUCAAAAUUCAUACAAUGAUCUAACACUUUUUACACACACAAAAAAUAAACUACUUGGAAAGUGUUUUGCAUAGAAAAAGCGAACACCGUGUGAACAAAUUCAUAGGAAACAAACAAAAAUAAGAAACUUACUACUUUAAUGGAUGAGACGAAGCUCCAGGAAAACAAAGUAGAUGCACACACACACACACACACAUAUAUAUUCCUUGAAAAGAUUGUUCACUGUGAUUUGGAUUGUUUUCUUAUUUCCACGUAUUUCUUUAUUGGAGUGUGUACAACGCAAAGAAUCAAAAACCUGUUACACGAGAAACAUGUCAAAGCUUGCCACGUUCUUUUCAAAUGGAACUUAAUCUAAUUACU